AUGGAUUCGGGCAACCGCAAGGUUGCCACGGCACGAUUAAUAAAAAUGUCCUCUUCAACACCUCCCCUAAGCUGCGACAUAAUUACUACACUUGGCCUAUUAGGCGAAUUGCUGGUAACAUCGGAUGAAGUGCCACCGCCAUGCGCAAGGAGCACAUCCGGUUGUGGAUGCGGAUGUAAAAACGUUCCAUCAUACGUGGAUGUGAUUUUACCUCCAUCUGCAGUGGAGUUGCCUUGUGGUUUGGGAUAUUCACCCGCCGCAGCACCGUUAGUUGCUACGGCUUACGAUUGCUCUGAUACAUGCAUUUCUUGUGUUCCAGUAACUUCACCAUACACUUGUACUAAGCUAGUAACUCCCCUUUGUCCUGAGUUAAGAGCUUACGCUAAGCCAAUUAUACUGUAAUAAGAUAAGUACCGAGAAUUAAAAAAAAAUAAUAAUAAAAUUACAUAUUUCCAAAAAGUUAUAUUUUUACUGAGUUAAUAUCUUUUUCUAGAUUAUAUAAUAAAUAAAUCCUAAACAGACACGCGUUUCACAUGAAAAACAUCCAAUAAUUCCAUACGAGUAAACCUGAAAAGUCUUAAGUGAAUUUAAUUUGGAAACAAGAAGGUGUCAUCGAUUUCCAGUAGACUUCGCUGGUAGCCUCUUUUCUAAUAAAGAAAAAAAUAUUUUACGUUGCCUCGAAAACUCCAACAAAACUUUAGUGAAAAUCAUUGGUAAAAACAGAAAAAUUAAAUACUUGGUUGUGUAUUGAAGAUUCCUUUGCAUUUGAUGAACUAAAGAUAAAUAUAAAGUCAUUGCUUCAUAAGCAUGUCGAUUCAUUUGAAAAAAAAAAUCGAUCUUAUCGAAUCAAAACAUAUUUGAAUCGCUUCUCAAUUAAAUCGUGCAUUAAAAAACGAUUUUCGAUUAAUCAUGAAUUUGUC